AUGAGUGUACCGCGUAUCGCUCUUUCUGCCACUGGCACCUCAAUGUCACUACUGGUUGCUCUUGUAUGCGCCCUGCUUUACCUUGUCACCAAAGCAUACCUCUCGCGCAAAGUGAUCAAUGAUCUACGCAAACAAGGACUGCCAAUGCCGCCGUUCAGCUGGAUCGCGGGGCAUAUGCUGGUAAUCAAGGAGUGUCUCGAGGACCUACCUGUUGAUGCCGUCUUCAACUACACUGCUCGGCGCCUUUCUCUCGAUUUUCCGAAACACCACAUGUUCUACCUUGACUUCUGGCCAAUCAGCACCCCGUUCCUUGUCGUGGCCAACCCGUUUGCCGCGUCGCAGAUCACCCAGCAGCUCAAUGCCCGCAAACCUGACGCCGUGGAAAGCGCAUUCCAGUCGCUGGCCGGCGGUCCCAACUUGAUAACCAUGCCUACUGGCCCAUGGAAGAAGUGGCGCUCUAUUUUCAGUCCUGGCUUCAGUCCUGCCUACAUGUUGGAGCAGGUACCCAAGAUGGUUGAGAAGGCCGAGGUCUUUUGCCAACUGCUGCGUGAGAAGGCUGCCCAAGGCGCCGUGUUCCAGCUUGAGGAGGCUACGUUUCGUCUGACCAUCGAUGUCAUUGGUCUGAUCUCGCUAGACUCAGACUUCAACUACCAGACAUCCGACUCCGAAUUCCCCGCCACCCUCCGCUCCCUCAUCGAAUGGGCCACCUUCGGCGACGAAAUCAACCCGCUCAAGCGCUGGAACCCCUACCGGCCCUUCAUCUCGUGGUACUACGGCCGCCGCCUUGACACCUUCAUCCACGCCGAGCUGGAGAAGCGCUUCGCCGAGCGCAAGCAAUUCCUGCAGCCCGAGAAGCCGAAGGACCGCAAAGUCCGUUCCAUCGUCUCGCUCGCCCUCGACAGCUACAUGACCGAGCACCCUUCGGCCGAGUCCAGCCCCACCCUCGACCCGACCUUCAAAACCUACGCCACAGCCCAGCUCCGCCUCUUCCUCGUCGCCGGCCACGACACCACCUCCAGCGCCAUGACCUACACCCUGCACCUCCUGCACACGCACCCGGCCUUCCUCGCCCGCGUCCGCGCCGAGCACGACAAAGUCUUCGGCCCCGACCCGUCCGCCGCCGCCGCCCUCCUCGCCGCCGACCCUUCCCUCCUCAACAAGCUCCCCCUCACGCUCGCCGCCGUCAAGGAGUCCCUCCGCCUCUUCCCGCCGGCCGGCGGCAUCCGCAUGGGGGCGCCGGACAUCGUGCUGACGGCCGAAGACGGCACGCGCUUCCCGACGGACGGCUGCAGCGUGUGGGUCGUGCACGAAGCCGUGCAUCGCAACUCAGCCCUUUGGCCGCGGGCUAACGAGUUUGUGCCGGAGAGGUGGGUGGCUAGGGGCGAGGAAGGGUACGACGAAGCGUUGCAGCCGCGGGUGAAGGGGGCAUGGCGGCCGUUUGAGGUGGGGCCGCGGAAUUGUAUUGGGCAGACGCUCGCGUUGACGGAGAUUAAGACGGUGUUGGUGGUGGUGUUGAGGAGGUUUGAUAUCAGGCCUGCGUAUGAGGAGUGGGAUGGGAUGGAUUCGAGGAGGAGGAGGAGGAGGAGGAGGGGAGUGAAGCGGGCGAUGGGGGAGAGGGCGUAUCAGGUUUCGGGGGGUGGGGGCGGGCAGCAUCCGGCUGAGCGGUAUCCGUGUCGGGUUUCGGUGAGGAGGUGA